AUGGCUACGCGUCGUCCAUGGCGCCAGCUCCUCGACCUCUCCGCCCUGAGCUUCCCUUCUUCCAUCUCCGACGCCACCUCCCGCAUAGCCCAAAACGUUUCCCAUUUUUUCUCCAACUAUACCCUCAUCGUUCUCAUCAUCCUCUUCCUCAGCCUCAUUUACCACCCUUUCUCGAUGAUUGUGUUCUUGAUUGUUUUCGCUGGAUGGUACUUCCUCUACUUCUCGCGCGAUGAACCUGUCAGUGUCUUCAACUUGGCAGUGUUGGACGAUCGAGCCGUGGCCAUUGGGCUUGGUAUAAUCACUGUGGUGGCUUUGAUUCUGACCCAUGUAUGGCUUAAUGUAUUCGUAUCGCUAGUGAUUGGGAUUGCGCUGGUCUGUCUGCACGCGGCUUUUAGAGGUACCGAAGAUCUUGUUAUGGAUGAUCAGGAAUCUCCGUAUGGACCUAUGCUUUCUGGUGGUACGGCUGGACCCUAUGCCCCUGUAUAA